GUCCCUCCUUCCCCUCCUCCUCCCUCUAGCCAUCCUCUUCCUCUCCUCCAGCCAAGCCCGGGCUCUCCAAUAAGGUAGACCCCUUCCGUUCCUGGUCCUUUAUCCAAAGGGAUGGAAAAUUCUUCUGUGGCGUCUGCCUCAUCCGAGGCAGGGAGUAACCGUUCGCAGGAGAUCGAGGAGCUGGAGCGCUUCAUCGACAGCUACGUUUUGGAGUACCAAGUCCAAGGCUUGCUAACCGACAAGACGGAAGGAGACGGGGAGAGCGAGAAAACGCAGUCAAACGUCUCCCAGUGGACAGCUGACUGUAAUGAACAGAUAGAGGGCACUGGUUCAUCCUCCAGAGGCAGGGGCAUAGCACCUCCGCAUCACAACCAGGAAGAUUGGGACCACAGCAGCAGUGGCAGUUCAGGAUCCCGACCUAGUUCGGGCUCCAGGCAUGGGUCUGUGCCAAGGUCUGGUGACCGAGGGAGAAGCAGCCAGUUCAGGCAUUCGACCAAGAAUGGCAACAAAGACAAUUCUCUAGACAUGCUGGGUACCGAUAUCUGGGCAGCCAAUACGCUUGACUCCUUCAGUGGUGCCACCUGGGACUUGCAACCUGAAAAACUUGACUUUACGCAAUUUCACAGAAAGCUCCGAAACACUCCCAAGCAUCCCCUCCCACACAUAGACAGAGAAGGGAUUGGAAAAGGAAAAUGUGAAGAUGGAGACGGAAUCAACCUGAAUGACAUUGGGAAAGUCCUUCCAGCCUGGCAGGGCUAUCAGCCGAUGCCACAUGAAGCUGAAAUUGCACACACCAAAAAAUUAUUCAGGCGAAGAAGGAAUGACCGGAGGAGGCAAAGGGCUCCUGGAGGAAACAAGGCACAGCAGCACCCGGAGCAUCAGCAAGGCACCGCCAAACACAACAAGGAACACCAGAAACCCUCCCAAGGAGGCCAAGCACCCCACUCCUCAGGGCGGCCCAGCCACCACGGCUACAGCCAAAACCGGCGGUGGCACCAUAACCAGAAACACUCGCCCAAUGACAAAGAGGUGCAUCGAAAUGCCAAAGAGACUGAGAACCUGAAAAUUGAGGAUGCCUCUGUCUGUACCGUGCACAUCCCUCUGGAGAUGCACCGAAACAGUGAUGCCACGGACAGGCAGUCCCCACAGUACAUUCAGGAUCCAGAACACAAACGGAAAGACAGCCUCCACGAACGGAUAAGCGAGAGGCCCAAAAUUAACUUGCUACAGUCGUCCAAAGACAGGCUGCGUAGGAGACUAAAAGAGAAGAUGCCUUGUCUUUCCCUUUUCACGGAUCAGGACGAAGUGGCCGUGGAGUCCACCAACCCCGAAAAGAACAAAAUGGACAAACUAAUUGAAAUUCUUAACAGCAUGCGGAACAACAGCAGCGGGGUGGACUCCAAGCUCACCAACUUCAUGGAGGAGGCCCAGAACUCCACCAACUCCGAGGAAAUGCUCGGGGAGAUUGUCAAAACCAUUUACCAGAAGGCCGUGACGGACCGCAGUUUUGCCUUCACGGCCGCCAAGCUCUGCGACAAGAUGGCACUCUUCAUGGUGGAAGGCACCAAGUUCCGAAGCCUCCUUCUCAAUAUGCUACAGAAAGACUUCACAAUGCGGGAAGAGCUACAGCAGAGCGACGUGGAGCGCUGGCUUGGCUUCAUCACCUUCCUCUGCGAAGUAUUUGGCACCAUGAGAAGUAGCACCGGAGAGCCCUUCCGAGUCCUCGUCUGUCCCAUUUAUACCUGCCUCAGGGAGUUGUUGCAAUCUCAGGACAUAAAAGAAGAUGCUGUCCUUUGCUGUUCCAUGGAGCUGCAGAGCACCGGCCGACUCCUGGAAGAGCAGCUGCCCGAGCUGAUGACGGAGUUGCUGGCGAUCGCGCGUGACAAGAUGCUGUGCCCCUCGGAGUCCAUGCUGACCCGCUCUCUCCUCCUGGAGGUCAUUGAGCUGCACGCCAACAAUUGGAACCCCUUGACACCCACCAUCACGCAGUACUACAACAAGACAAUCCAGAAACUGACAGCCUGAAAGGAGAAUGGGAGGAAGGGAUGGUAGAGAGCCGGGAUGAAGACACGCACUUUAAAAAACACAGAGAGAAAGAGAGAGAAAGAGAGAGGGAGUGGGGAAAAGGAUUUGGGAAGGAACUGAGCUACAUAGUGACCAGAGAAGGGUUUUGAGAGACCUUUUGUGGUCAGAUACCUAAGAAGACAAACCCCAGCAUGCUUAAGAAUAUGUUCAUGGGGGCGAAGCAUGUUUCUUUUCAGCCGUGUCCUCAAGUGCCGUCGCCACCCCUCUCCCCCUACUGUGUUUUGUUUUUAGGUUCCCCCUUUUUAUCAUUCUUAUUAAACCCAUUGCUCAUUCAGCUCCACGUCCCGCCAGGUCAUUGUUUGGGUUCAGAAAGAACACAGCGGACCUGAAUGAAGAGUCGGAGGGCCUGGCGGGCGGAUGGCUUUCACGGCAUUCUCUGGGCUCACCCGGGCCAACUGGCAGGAGGCAGUGCACGGCAGAUGUCUUUGGGGGGGACAAAGGCAGACACGUUCCACACCAGACGCUGGUAAUUGACAGCUUUUGUCAAGCAGAGAGACCCCUUCUCUCCCCCCUCACCUCCAUUUUCUUCCAUCCCUCUUGUCUUCAGCGUAUUGUCUCCUUUGCUGACCUCCCUCUUUGUUGCUUCUUAUCCUGAAACCUCAUUCCAGAUUAGACAUUCAGAGGGAAUAUAUUUUUCUCUUCUUUUUUAAUAGAAAAGUUGCACUGGGUAUUCGCUUUUUUUUCUUUGUUGGUUUAUUACACAUGCACAUAUAUAUUUAUAUACACAUAGAUGGUUUAAUUGCUAUGAAGUGUUUAACACCGAACAUAAUGUUUUGAUGUGAGGCUGCAGGUUUGCAAAAGGAUUUUCUUUUUUCUGUAGGGAAGCAAAA